AAAGGCACGUGACUUGUAGAACUGAGUCGCUGUUGACAAGACAAGGAAACGUUUAAAUAUUCCUGACGCUUUCGUCGAGAUAACUGUAAGACGUUUCUGUUUAUUUGUAGACCAUGUGAGUGUUGCGGUGUAAACGCUGUUCUGGAUCGGUCAGGAAAUGUUUCAUGAGCAGAGCUCCAUGGAGGUGCUGGUUAUCCCUGAGAACCAGCACGGUGGUCAGCUAGCAGACAUCCAGAAAGCCGAGCUGUGUCCUGCGGGUUCUAUUCUUUGCUGUCUGGGUGUCUCGGGUCAGCUGCUGCUGUGGGACCCUGCAGACAGAGAGGCCCCUCCGGUUACCCCGGACGGUUGUUUCACUGACUUCUACUGGGAGGAGGUGACGACCAGCAGUCAGGAGGUCAGCAGCUUUCGUUUGUUGGCUGUUGGAUCUCAGGGUGAUUUGAAGCUGCUGGAAUAUGAAGCAGAACAAUCCGCCCAAGUUUCGUUGCUGAGUAUGCAGAAGUAUUCUGCAGACCAUCUACUGGACAUUAUCAAAGAGUGCAACCAAAGUAUGUGUGAACUGGACUCUGUACAGGUGCUGUCCUUUGUGGGCAAUCGAUGCUGUGUACUGUUAAACUGCCACUGGUUGCUGCAGUUGCAGUGGGAACAGGCAUCACAAGAACCAAGAAUGACCUCCUGCUGCGGCAUCCAGCUAAGCAGCAGUGACAUGCAUGCUGCUGUUCACCACUGUGUCUGUGCAGAAACCCUGUUUGUCCUCAGCUCCAGUGGACUCAUAUAUGUGUAUGGCAUUACUGAUGGGUCACUGCUGGCCAGCAUUAACCUUCCGGCCUACAUGAGCUCUGGCUGGGCAGAGGCUGAUCUGGCUUACUCCUCGCUCUCUUCCUCCUGCUCCUUCUCCCUGUUCCAUGUGUCAGCAAAUCUCAGUACAGCUGUUGCUGUAACUCAGUCUCACAUAGCCAUCGCUGUUGACCUUAACCACUACUUCAGAGUACACCCAGAGCACCUACACUGUGUUGGCCCCCAGUCCUAUUCCACUCUUCAGCCGAAGGACCCAAGAGACCAGGACAGCCUGUCCAGCUGCAGUUAUAGUCUCGCUGCUCUUGGCUCGCCCUUCUGUGAUGAACGCUCUUGGGAAACUCGUUUAGCAUCCAUGUAUAGCAGAGCACAGCAGACUGCUUCUCCCUCAUCCCCCUCUAAGUCUGCAGAGACGAUGUGGUUCUACUCGCUCCCCCACAUGCAGUUCCACCCAACUCCAACCUCCUCCCACAACAGAGUGCCUCCCAGUGGGGCAUUUGUGGUGUUCUCUGUCCCUGAAACAUCUACUCUAUCUCUGCUCGCUGUUUCUGAGUUCUCUGCACUUUUGACCUUUGUCACUCCUGGUAACACACAGACCACAGUGGCCUUAUGGGAUAUGGAGUCUGGGAGUAUAAACUACCACCAGACUGAAGGCAUGGCCGUACCAGUGCAGCACAGUGGAGAAAGACAGAAUAGACUGCUGCUGAAGAGGUCAGGUAUGAUCCAGGUCUUGUUCACAGUGUCCCAGCAGGAUUUAUUAAGCAGGUUGAUGCUGUUUGGCAGUGCGGCAACAGUGGACACAGUCUGUCACCUGAACAGCUGGGGGCACUGCUCCAUUCCCUUCCAUGCCUUACAGGCUGGACUGAAGAACCGACAGCUUGACACAGUGGAUUUGUACCUGAAAAGUAAAGAAAAUGUCCUGAACCCCUCAGCACCAGUUGAUGUUUCUGAGCAGUCAGUAGACUCGAAACAGAGUCUCAAAGCCAGUGUCCAGGAGUUGUUUCUUGCUUUGGACUUGCUGUGUUCAGCUGUCAGGGAUUUAAACUGUGAAGCUCAGAGUCGACAGUUCUCUGAGCAGCUGCUCAACCUUACCCUCUGCUUCAUCAACACACAGAUUCGCUCUGUGCUCCUUCAGCCACACUAUGAGCACUCUGAUGUGCAGAGCAUUGUUAAAAUUCUGGACAAAUAUGUCACAAAGUUGAGGAGUCAUAUGAAGAGAUUCCCCUGGGCUUUAGGAUUCAUCACAUCUAAUACCAGUGCUGCUCCUCUCCAGGAAGUUAAGGGAGAUGAAUGGGAGCAGCUUUCAACUGGGGAAGUGAUCUAUCAGUCAAUCCUCACCAAUCAGAUUCCCAGAGCUCAGGCUGUAUUGGGGAAAGGGAGCCAACCUGAGCAGCAUCUGUCAGCUCUGAGGAUGGUGGGGCUUCACCAUGUCUUGUCCUGCUUGCAGUGCAAAGACCUCCAGUCUGCCAAAAAACUUCUGACUAACAUGGGUUUAAGUGUGAAGAAAGAGCUUCACAGCAUCUGCCUUUAUACCAAUGACAGAAACCUCCGGGAAUUAUUGGUAGAGGAUCUGUCAAACCAGAGUUCUUUGCCGAAAGAUGAGAUGCAGAGUGUUUCAUUCAUCAGGGAGAUAGAGAGGCUUGGCGUGCUACCAGCAAUGUUCUGCCAAGCUAAUCCCAUUUCACAAAGAGAACAAACAUGUUCUAGGUUACCUCAGAUGGUUCAUACAGAGGUGGAUGGUGAAGAGGUGCUGAAGGAGCUGGUGGAACAGAGGAGUCCUGAGGAGGUGAGAGAACUCUGGAAUAACCUCCGACUGGACUGGGUGAGGAACUGGGACCAGAACUGCCAGACAGCUGUUCUCUUAUCCAGGCUGCACCACAUAGAGCUGAGCUGCUUUGACCCUUCCUUGUUGUGGCGUUACAUGACUGCCUUUCACGACCAGAAGCAGGUGGUUGACUGGAUUCACAACCAAAGGACCUCCAGCUCCCCCUGUUGGCCUGACAUAACUCCAGAGAUGGUCAACAAUAACACAGUGUGCAGCAUCUUCCUAAAGGAGAACAUCCUGGACCUUCUAGCCAGGAAAGGUGUGUUCAUUCCAGAAGAGAUGUCAGACUUGGAGCAGUUGUUAUGGCGGCUGGCUCACGGUGGGGAGCUGAUGGGUUCACCCCUGCUUGUACCUCAGUGCCGCUCCCUUGUGGGCCUUGACCUACACAGUGCCUUUAUCGCAUUCUGUCUGGACCAUAGUCUUCAGUACCUGCUUUAUACCUACCUGGAGCACCACAGACUGACACCCAGAAACUGCCUCCUCCUGACCAAUCAGAGCCUGUUUGGCAGUCAGCCCUGGUUUGAGAUGCUGGUAAAGACCCAGGACAUAACCAGGGACCUGUCAGAUCCAGAACGGCUGUUCCAGGCCAGUUUGACCAGUGCCCAGGUGCUGUUACCUGGCAGCCAGGCAUCUCUGAGCAGUCUGCUGUUGGAGGGACACAGUCUGCUGGCUCUGGCUUGCAUCAUGUUUGCUCAUGGUGGAAUUGAUCAGGUGGCUCAAGGGUCAAGAAGUUUGGAGAGAACUAUUGAUCCCCAGCUAUUGAAGAUGGCACUGGCCCCUCAUUAUAAGCUGAGAGCAGCACUCUUCCCCUCUGGAUGUUCUGGGAAUGGCCCAUCCCCUGACAUCUCCAUUUAUCACCUUCUUCAGUCGCUCCACCCUCUUGACCCAUCCAGGCUGUUUGGUUGGCAGGCAGCAAACACUCUGAACUGCACUGAAACAUCUGAGCUGCCUCAUUUUUCCAGCUCUCAUCUGGUUGACAAGUUCGCUCUGGUAGAAAACCUGGACUUUUUUUACUACAUUCAUCAUGGCCGACCAUCUUUUGCGUACGGAAACUUUCUCAUCCAAGCGCUGGGUGUCUGCAGUGACGUGCAGUUGUUGCUGCAGAAGGUUUGGCUGCAAGUGUACAGGUUGGCUCUGAAGUGUUUCAAUAUGCCGUCUGUCACAUCGUCUGCUGUCUGUUUCUGUGAGCUGCUUGGAAUCUGCAGCCUAAAGCUGAGAGUCGACAUCAGAAGUAUGAACGCCAUUCUUCAGCACUGGAACCAACUUGACAGGCACACACCAGCCCAGAAUCUGCAAACUUUAAUAUCUAAAGCUGUAAAGCUGGUGAAAGCAGAACCAAGAGCAGCAGAAGAGCUGCUUCAUUACCUGGAAGCUGCAGUGGCAGACAGUCUGGAGCAGAGGGGUAUCAGCAGGUCAUCACAUGAGGCAGCUCAGGAGUGGGCGUUGCCUGUUCAGUUCUGUCAGCUCCACAGUCUGGAGCUCAGUCCAGUUUAUCCCAACCACUGUGCCAAGGACAGACAAUUUAUACACUUUUUAUUGUUUGUCCAACUGCACAACUUUCCACCCCAGCAGGUGAGGUCCCUGGUCUGUCUCUUUGGCCCCACCUUGCAGGCUCACCUUGGCAUUGCAUUUCAAGACUUGCAGGUGCACAGUCAGAGAAGGGGUGUUGGACCUGAAGAAGAGUUGGGGUUUCUGAGAACAGAAGAGGCCGAGCUGUUUCAGGCGCUGCUGCAGAGCCAGGAGGAGCAAAUGCCAUGCCGGUUUCUCCUACAUGAGGCAGUAGUUCAACAGUGCCCAGUGCUGGCAAUACUCUCUGCCUGUCAGCAGAGAACAGAGUUGGUGCCAUGCCUGUGUGUGUGGAUACUAACCUCUGUCGAUGACACUACAACAGAGGAGGCCACGUCACACCUCUCUGAAGCUCCCCAGCACCACGAAUGGACCCUUCAUGACUUGUCAAUCAUCUGGAAGACACUGCUGGGGCGGCGUCACGUCAGGGUCCUCUUGCAAGGAUUUGAGCUUUUUCAGCAGGACAGCCCGCUUGUGUUGGUGCUGAGAAUGUUCGAGUUGUGUUGUGACUACAGGAAAUUCACCGAGGCAAAAACAAAGUUGUUGGACUUUCAGCGGACACUUGUUACUCUCAGAAAUGGUGGUCCUGGCACCGCAGGUAGCCUUCCACUGCAGUGGGUGGAGAGCCAGGCCUCAGUAUUGCUCCUCACCAUGCUGCAGUGCUGCUCCUCCCAGUAUGAUCUUCACCGGCUGCUACAGCUCCUGGCUGAUGUUGACAAACUUCUCAAAUCCAACGGUCCAGACUUCAGGAAGUUAAGUCAGCUGAGUAAAUUGCUUCAAGGAUCAGGGGUGACUCUACCCCAGAGGCUGCUGCAGUGCAUUCCUCCCUCCAUCCAGCAGGAGGAGUUUCAGCUCAUAGUGGAUGCUUUGCAAACCGGAGGGCACUACAGCCAGGCAAGACAGGUGGCAGAGCUGGGUGAUCUGCCUGUCCAUCGCCUCCUCCUGAGCCAGCUACUUCAGGAAGUAAACAUCCACAAGACAAAGUGGCAGUGGAUGCGUUUGGAGACCCGAGUCGCCUUCUGGAAGAAGUGUCACAUGCGGUUAAAAGCUGACAGCACUGAUCCAGGGGCAGCCUCGCAGUUCUUUCGAUCACAGUCUGAGGUUGCCUUCCCCCCUACUGAUCAUGAGAGUAAGACGGAGAUUCUGGACAUCCAGGAGUGCUGCUUGCUGCUCCAGCUCACAGCGCACUGGCUUUCUUUGCAAAUCCCUGCUCCUGUAGAUGAACUGGAGAGGCUGGAGAAAAGGUUCUGGCUCUGUGAGGUCCAGAAACACAUCCUUACAGCUACAAUAGAGAAAGAUAGUGUGUUCAAUCUGCCGCCACCAGCCAUCACACCUGAAACUAAUGCAUACGAAGUGUUCAUGAAGGAGUUCUCUUUUUCUAACAUACCAGACCUGAAUAUGGAGAAGUACCUGAGUCUGGAGGGAUUCCAAAGUCACUCAGAGAAGCAGGAGGAGUUGGAUGCUGAGUCAGAAUUAGGUGUUGAAGAGAGGAGAGUUUUGGCACUACUAAUUGGUCAGUUACUAGAUAAGGGUGGUAUCCAUGAAGCCAGUCGUGUUUGCCGCUAUUUCACCAUACACAGUCCAGAUGUGAGGGUGGUGCUGCGCUGUCAUGCUUUGGCAUGUGGAGCCAUGGUACCUGAACCACAUGAGGAGACCUCAGAAGCAGCAGAAAUGAAGGCCCUAACAAAUUCUCCCUCACUUAGUAGUGUGUCCUCAUUUGUGAUGCUGCCCCUUCUUGAAGACGCAGUCACUGUCCAGAUCCAGAAACUGGUCGGUCAGUGUUGCCAUGGAAGCAGCUACUGCAAACAAAUUCUUAGCCUCUACCAGCUCUCCAAGGAACUGCGGUGCCCCUUCAGUCAUAUCAGCAGAGAAGAUCCUCAUUCUGUGCUAAAGAACCUACUGAUGUUGGAGCAGCCAGAUCAGUUCAGGAUGGCCAAGACCUUCAUCAAAGCUCAGGGUCUUAGUGCUGAUACUGUGGCUGAGCUGGUCUCCGAUGCUUUGGUUCAAGGUCUGCUGGCAUCUACCCAGGAACUGCAACCUGGUGAGAAACAGAUUUUCAGACCAUCGGAUGGGCAGGAAUUACUAAUACAGCUGAUCAGACUUUGUGAAGACUCAAACAUAGUGGGACUAAAACUGAUGGAAUACCUCCACAAUGUUCCACUGAGGAACCUAAACUCCGUUGUGGAGCUGCUCAUUGUGGCACACAGCUGUUUCAGUCUCACUUGUAACACGGAUGGAAUUGUUCGAGUUCUCCAAGCUGCUCGUCAUCUCAGCCAUACCUACCUGGCCCCAGGAGAGCACUACAGCCUGCUGGUGCGACUGCUGACAGGUAUUGGCAGGUAUAAUGAGAUGACGUACAUCUUCGAUUUGCUCCAUCAGAACCAUUGCUUUGAGAUGCUACUUAGGAAGAAGGUGGACACAGAGAGAGGACAGAGCUCUAGUUUGAAGACUGCCCUGCUGGAUUACAUUAAACGCUGCCUCCCUGCUGAUAGCGAGAAGCACAACAUGGUGGCACUGUGUUUCAGCAUGAGGAGGGAGAUUGGAGAAAACCAUGAAAUUGCUGCCAGGACACAGCUGAAGAUGAUUGAAUCUCAGGACUGGGUUGUGACUCCUGAUCUGAAGAGUUCAUUGGUAAAAGUGUUGGGCCUGCUGAAGGAUUCUGCAGAAAGUUUCUCCAAGGACUCCUGUGUGCGUCAGGCGAGUCGCUGUGUCCGUAGAGCCAAACUGAUCACUCUUCAGCUCCACUUCUUGAACCAGGGAUCCAAUCUUUGCAUCAUCAACCUAAAACCUGCGGGGCUACACAACACAAUCAUGGCUCUGCCACAAUGUUACCAGGUGUUUGUUGUCUCAGAAGCCUACUGCUACAGUCCUGACUGGGCUGAGAUUUUGUACCAGAAAGUUGUUCUGAAAGGAGACUUUUUUUACCUGGAGGACCUGAAACGUCACCGCCCCCUCACUUCUUCUCUAUUUGAAGAUAUUUUCAAAAAGCUGGACAGCACCCCCAGCAGUGUCUCCUCCAACUUGAAGCGCCUGCUCACUCACUGUGAUGAUGUGUUUACCUGCUACAGACUGGCCUACCAGCAAAAUCUUUAUGAUGUCACCAAAACACUGCUGCAAGAUAACAAGACUUACAGCUACAUGAAUGACAGGCUCAAUAGCAAAGCAUUGAUCUGAUUGAGCAGCCUCAUGUGACAGUUUGUGCAGUCCCAUUUUACAUUCAGUGGUCUCUAAGAACCCAAUAAAAUAAUGUCAGUAUAAAGUAAUUAUUUGUGUGUUAAUCUCAAAAGGAAAACUUUAACCUUCUCUGACUUUGUUUAAAAUAUGAUUUUCCUCCUGCAAAAUAACAUUUUAUGAAAUAAAAUCUUUAUCUGAAAGACAUAAAAAAACUUGAA